AUGGCAGCAGUAACUGAACACUUGGCUAACCCAAAGGCUUCCUCCGAGGCCUACCAACGAGCCUCUGGUUCCGCAGACUUCAUCAGGUCCAGACUACCAUCCCACCUACAGAAGCCUCGUGUAGCUAUUGUCUGCGGUUCCGGACUCGGAGGCAUUGCAGACACCGUGACGGCUGAUACCAAGCUCGAGAUUGAUUAUCAUGACAUUCCAAACUUUCCAAAGACCACCGUUCAAGGACAUGCCGGCAAGCUCGUGGUUGGCACUAUGGGAGAGACCAAGGUCCCUGUUGUCUUGUUGGUAGGCAGAGCGCAGUAA